CCUCGUUUAUUACCGCUGACCUAUGAUCAAAGGUUCCAUCACAAAAAUUUCUUGGUUGGUUUGUCAAGAAAUCUUCUGAAAAUAAAUCCAAUCAUUAAGAAAAUAUGUCAGGAGACCCAGAGGAAGAAUCAGAUGAAGCUUAUGAGGUCAUAGAAACGCCAGGGACUGCUAAUCACGAUCUUUUCUCAGACAUUAUUUCGAUGGAUUUGUCCAAUAGGACGCCAUUGCAACAAAUUGGCAUUGGUGGAGUCUCAGGAUGGUGUUUGGGCUACCUGUGUAAAAGGGUUGGAAAGCUGACCCUCUCAGCAAUUGGUGGAGGUCUUCUUAUAAUACAGAUUGCUAAUCGUACUGGCUACAUAAAAAUAAAUUGGAGUAAAGUAGAAAGAGAUGUCAAUGAAGUUAGCAAAGGAGUAGAGAAAGAAGUUUAUAAGAUUGCAAAAGGGAAAAAUGAUGACAAUAAAGUUGUUGAAUGGACCAAACGGGGUAUUUCUUACGCACAAAGAAACAUGGCAGCAGCUGGAGGAUUUGCAGCAGGAUUUCUACUUGGAGUUGCUUUAUAGAGAUACAAUUUACUGCUACUUAUGGUGGUGUCAAGCGUAUUUUGUAAUAUUAUGUAAAUUACCUGUUUGUGCAUUUAUGACACAAAGAAUAGUCUGGUCUGGUUGUCAGAUAUAGGCUUACAAGACAGCAAGCUAAAAUAUUAGAUAUUUGGUCCCCUUACUCAAAGUUUUCAAUGAAAUAGUUACUUUGACUGACAGGACCCAAAAAGCUGAAUAUCCUGAGUUUUCUAGUGAUAUUGUUAUGAAAAUAGUGUAAAAUUAUCAACAUUAGCUCGUGUUCUUUAAGAAACACUUUAACGCACAUACUUUGGAUAGGCUUUUACAAGUAGAACAAUGAAAGUUACCUUUGAAGUUAACUCCAAUUGGUACACACCAUCACAGAUUACAUCUUGAAGAUUUUUCCUCAUGCAUUAUCAACACUAAAAACAUUUUCCAACUUCAGCUAAAAGUGAUGUGUCAAUUAGAUAUGUCUAAAAACAAAACAAAUGUAAUUAAUGCAUGUAUAAAACGAAAUCUUAGAGUAAAGUCUGAUUUUCAACAUGAA